GUGUUAUUAUCAUCGAGAAUUGCUAGUUUGGGCCAAUUAUUCGUUUGAUUUUCAUCCUUUUUGGUUUGAGCGUUGAAAUCGCAUUGCAUCUGAUUUAAUUUUCUCUUCCGCAUAUUAGUAAAAUACUUUGACUUUGGGACUCUUUAACUUGUAAAGAAGGCGAAGGUAUAGAUUGUGUGCGUCAUCUGUUUUAUUCCUAUAUGGUGAAAGUAUUCUGAACUGCCGUCCUCUACUACGGCUCUGUUUUUCUUGACCUGGAACUGGUCAUACAAAUCUGGUAUAGGCUAGCAAGUUGAUCAACUUUUCGCUAACGUGUGCGUCAUGGGUUGACAUAGGUCUUCUGUUGGCUCAUCCUCAUCCAAAUUUUGAGCCUUUCUGCAAGACCAGAUUUAAUUUGAGUGGUAAAAUUGAAAGAUUUGAUUUUUUUGUUUGGUUUUGUUUUGGUUGAGUAUAUGAGCUUGCCUUCAAGGCAGUACUCUGUUGGAUGCCAAAAAGAUCAAACAGGGUUGAUGUCGGGCUUUGCCCUAUGUUACUAACCUUAGUGUCCAUUUAUUGUUGUGGAAAAAACUCUUCAGAUGCUCUUAGUCUUUUUAAUCCUACCACUACCAUGAGGACUCAAGGGGCCUCUCUCUCCGAAUAGGAUGAUAACACAUUCAGGUGUUUUAUUUAUAUGCUCAUGUUUUUUAACUUUUGCAGUGUGCCCUGUUUUGUCAGUGGUGUUGAAAAGCAGCCAAAUGGUUGGUGUAUUAAGCUUUUGUCUUUCAAGCUAGUAAAGGACAAUCAAGCAUGGGCAUCAGGCGAUACUGGAAGGCAGCAACUUGGUACAGGUGGCAUUUGAGACAACUUCCUUGAUUACAUGUUUUGAUUUCCUGGUGUACAUGAUGACUUUUACCAGGUUACACUGGGCCAAAGUUGGGGUCCGUCCCACAACACCCAAACACUCACCCCAUGACUCCAAAUGGGCUAGAACACCUGACACUAGUAGCACAAGGGCAAGCAAGCCUUGGCAGGAGUUCCCAUUUUUGCUAGUUUCUGGGGCACCUUGGACAAAUCAACCAUCAGUUGUUCCAAACCUUUUCCAAAGCAAAUUCAUAACAAAUGGAGGAGUUGAAAAUUCUACUUCUGCACCUUAGUAUUGGGAGUUGUGAUGGUUUUUUGAAACCCAGUGGAUCUUGCUCCUUUUAAACCAAGCGUUCUUCCACUCUUCCAUCCUUAUGCUACACAGAGCUAUCUAGUCAAGGAAGGUAGGGCUUGAACUAUAUGUAGUCUCAUGAGCCCAAGGGCUAGGCAAAGGGCUUUUAACAUGUUGGUUGAUGGGCUCUCCCAGAUGGGCUGCACACGUUU